AUGUCCGCAGCCGCGGUUUUCGCGAACCUGUCUGCUCUGGCUCUGUCGAGUUCGCUGACCAUCAGCCAGAAUGCGAGCCAGGCCAGCGAGUCGCUUAGCAAGAUGGAGUCUCUGCUCCUAAGCUUGGGUCGCCAGCCAACCACAGACAGCAACAUGGUUGAGACCGCUACAAUGAUCGGCCAAAUCCUGGAAGACAGCAUGAAGGCUGCAAUUCGAACACAGCUUGGUUUGCAGCAGAAGAGCAUAGAAACCGCUUCAGCGACAAUACGGGCGUGUGCAUCCCAUCUCAAGUAUGACGAGGCCAAAGUGCUUCAAGAGCAACUGCCCGCCCUUGCGAAAGAUCAUCAGCAGUGUCGACAAGAGGAGGGCACCAAGGCCAACUUAGUCACCGAGUGCAAGCAGAUGCUUUCGAACUACGAGGCAUCUCAUGCAACGGCCAGAGCUGACUGCGAUGCAGUCAUCGACUAUCCCACAGAAGGUCGAGAACUCUGCAACAACCGUGUCGGCAGCGUCGCCGACCACUACCACAAUCUCUAUACCUUCUGGGAUCAAUACCUAAAGUGGUAUGACGGCAACAUGACCAUUUGCAACGCACUGCAGGCCAAAGUGCAGACUAGCUCCUCGAAUUGCUCAAAUCUCUCUGCCAUCCAUUCGGCCCAGCGAAGGAAGUGCAACUCCCAACAAGCUAAGUUGGAUACCACAUCGUGUGGUUUCGUCAACAGCGCGGAGAAUGGCUGCGCAGCCUACUCCCGGUGCUACGACCAAACCCUUGCGGGCUUCAUGUCACUGAAUCUGACCAUUGCUGAAGAGGAGCACACCUUGCAGCAAGAGUGGCGGGCCGUUCUGCGAAUCGAGUGCCUCUUAAAGGCAUUGAUGAGCGAUCACAAAAAUGCGGCCAUCGACCGAUGUAUAGGCCUGGUACACAACCUUGACGAGAUCAGUAUCAAGUACAUUUCUCCUCCCAAUCCAUUAAAUGAAACGUCUCCGCACAAUUCCAUCUGCAAAAACCUUACUGACUACGUUCCUGUGACUACAGCGUAUGCCAAACGAUGGUACGAUGGCCUGCCCAUGUCUGCGAAGGAGGAGACGCGCAACCUGCAGUUCUGCCCUUCCAGAAGUGGUGGUGAACGCCAUCAGGCGCAAGCAAUGCAGGGUGCCUGUACCGGGACGCUGGUUGUUCCGACAAGAUCCCAGGUUGCCUUCAGCAGCUUCGGAAUGGCAGAGCUAGGCCCCGGUCUGGAUGCGGCCACGUCGUGGGCUCCAGCACAGGCUCGUGCUGGCGAGUUCCUCACUGUCGACCUGGGUCAGGAGGUGCAAGUGGGCGGCGCCUAUGUCCAGGGUGGUUCGCUGCAGCACAGGUGCCUGGACAGUUGGGUGACAACUUACAUGAUCCAGUACAGCACCGAUGGCAACAGCUACUCAAGCCUGCCAGAAGCGCUUCGUGGCAGUCAUGACUGCUCCUCAAAGGUUGGCACGCGAUUUGACCCUCCAUUGCAAGCACGUUUCCUGCGCUUCGUCAUUGAGUCCUGGCACGGAAAAGCUUCCAUGCGAGUGGGUGUCCUUGCCUGUUCUUGA